GCUUUAAGAACAUAGUGAAAUUAUUUAAUGUAUCUAUAUUUUGCAGUAUGCCAUUCGUCAAAUUUUCUUACUGUACUCAAAAUACCGUCAAAUAAUUUCACGGAGCGCGCCACUAUACCAGAAAAGGAAGUAAUUUUAGUAUAACUGCAUUAUUGUUUAGUUGUUUGUUCGUUUUACAAGCAAAAUAUAUAAUAUUUAACUACUGAGAUAAAAGCUUUCUACAACAAAAUUAAAAUAAUAAAAAAAUAUAAACUGUACCGACAAGGGGAAGUAACACUGUGUUGGAGUUUGAUUAAACCGCUGCAUAAGUGACCUACUUAGAUAUCAGUUUUAUUUACAUUUGUGUUGAAGGACAAAUUCAUAACAUGUACUAGAUCUAAUUCGGAUACAGGCACCCUAAACAGUUAAGAAUGGAUGUGAAAACAAUUAAACUGGGCACCAGAGAAGUGGAAUUUCCAAGUGAUAAACUACAACCCUUAGAAGCCUGCAACCAUCUACUAGGAGACCGGGACGCACUUUGGAAAGAAUUAAAUGAAAAGGGGUAUCUUCUAAUUCGAGGUAUGCACAAUCGGGAGGAUGUAUUAAAAGCGCGACUGGAAGUUUUAAAAACUAUUAAAAAGUUAGGCCCAGAGAAACUUGAUAACUCCAGACCUUGGGAGGAUGGCGUACUGGACCAUAGAUGUGAUCAUGGAUGUAUUCCAUCCUUCCAGGGAAGGAACGACAUUACUCACUCGGAGGCUGUAUCGAAAAUCCUAGAGGGGCCAAGACCGUUUGCCUUUUUCAAGACGUUAUUUGGGGAGACCGUGAGAACGUUUGAUUACAAAUGGCUAAGAGCCGUUCAUAGACAAGCGUUUACUGGGGCGCACGUAGAUAACGUGUAUAUGUCACGUGGAACGCCCAACCUUCUUACCAUGUGGACACCAUUCGGUGACUGCGAUCCAACCAUAGGAUGCCUGGCUGUUAGUGAGGGUUCUAACAGGCUGCCAGGGUUUGAUAAAUUACACAGUACAUACAGCCAAGUCGAUGUCGAAGAUAUAAAUCUAAAUGGCUCUGGAUGGUUUACAACUGAUCCAUUCGAUAUAACAUACCAGUUUGGCGGUCAGUGGAAGACAACUAAAUAUGAAGCGGGAGAUGUCCUUAUAUUUGGAAUGAACACUGUUCAUAUGUCUACGGCAAAUUUAACAGAUCUUGUUCGAAUAAGUUGCGAUACAAGAUGGCAACCAGCUAGUGAGCCGGCAGAUCCAAGGUAUGUGGGAGAUUUUAAACCAACUGCCAAGUUUGGUCUAUAUGCCUCUGUUGGUUCCAAACCAAGGACAGUUACUAUGGAGGAACUGAAGGCAAAGUGGGGAUUUCAGUAAACCAUAUAUCGUGUACAUAUUAUUAAAUUCAAGGUGUACAUUACAAAAUUAAAAUUUUUUGAAAUUCAGUUAUGACUUUCGCCUUAAACUUGCCAUGUUUUGUUUUCUUCAUGAAUUGAAAUUUGUAAAGCAGAUGACAGCAUCCUACGAUAAUGUACAUAUGUAUUGAUUUUUCAUGUAAUUUACACCAUUUUUUAUAUAAAGCGAACAUUAUCAUCCUAACAUGAUAAAAGUUCAUAACUCCGUAUUAUUUACAUCCGUUUGAUAGAGCAAGCUUCUCUUCUCAACUAGGAAAGAUGGAUAUUUUAUAUACAUGUAUAAAUGAAAUCAUUUUGAUAUAGAGUGAGCACUAGUUGUGUGUAGCUGGCUAUGAAAUCGACAAUCUUAGAUCCGACACUCAUUUUCGAAAUUGGUCAGGUCUAUUACACACGUCAUAUGGCACAAUGGUCACAAGUCUCUCACUAAUAUUUCAUGAAGUAUCCCCCUUUUACUUAAAGAUCAGGUUAGUUUUGAUGCACUUUUACUCUAUCUCUAUUAUUCGUGAUCGGCAUUCAGUGUAGAUCCAGGUCUGCAGUCGUAGAUGGACAUUCAAUAUCGCCAUUGGACUGCAAUCUUAGAUCAACAUUCAAAACUUUUCAGGUCGAAUAUCGACAUUCAAUGUGGACCUGUGUCUGCAGUCGUAGAACGACAAUGUAGACCCGUGUUUUCAAUCUUAAAUCUACAUUCUGUGUACCCGGGUCUGCAAUUACAGAUAAACAUCCCAAAAUGUCUGGGUCAUAAAUCGACAUCCAAAAAGGUCCAAGUCGUAGAUCGACAUUCAGUUUUCAAAAUUGUCAUAGAUCGAUAAAUUUAAUGUAGACUCGGGGUUCAUUCGCAGAUCAAUAUUCAACUAAAAUGUGUCUGUAGGACACAGGGUGUGCCCCCCACUGGUACAUUUGUCAUAAAUGAGGGCCAAUAAUUCAAAUGUUUGCAGUCUUAAUGGGGUAUAGCCUCAACAAUCAUUUUAUGAAAAGGAUUCAUUAUUCUAGGCCCUUUACUUUUUAGCUCACCUGUCACGUAGUGACAGGGUGAGCUUUUGUGAUCGCCCUUCGUCCGUCGUCCGUCCGUCCGUCCGUCCGUCCGUCCACAAUUUCUUGUCUGCACGAUAGAGGUUUAAUUUAUGAUUUUAUUUUAACCAAACUUGCAUACAACUUGUAUCACCAUAAGAUCUCGGUUCCUUUCUUGAACUGGCCAGAUCCGCUUAUGGGUUCCAGAGUUAUGGCCCCUGAAAGGGCCAAAAUUAGCUAUUUUGACCUUGUCUGCACAAUAGCAGCUUCAUUUAUGAUUUGAUUUUUACCAAACUUUGACACAACUUGUAUCACCAUAAGAUCUCGGUUCCUUUCUUGAACUGGCCAGAUUCCAUUAUGGGUUCCAGAGUUAUGGCCCCUGAAAGGGCCAAAAUUAGCUAUUUUGACCUUGUCUGCACAGUAGCAGCUUUAUUUAUGAUUUGAUUUUUACCAAACUGGCAUACAACUUGUAUCACCAUAAGAUCUUGGUUCCUUUCUUGAACUGUUGAGAUUCCGUUAUGGGUUCCAGAGUUAUGGCCCCUGAAAGGGCCAAAAUUAGCUAUUUUGACCUUGUCUGCACAGUAGCAGCUACAUUUAUGAUUCGAUUAUAACCAAACUUGCACACAACUUGUAUCACCACAAGAUCUUGGUUCUUUUCUUGAACUGGCCAGAUUUCUUUAUGGGUUCCAGAGUUAUGGCCCCUUAAAGGUCCAAAAUUGGCUAUUUUGGCUUUUGCAGCCAUAUAGAGACUUCAUUUAUGGUUUUAUUUGAUACAAACUUCCAAAAUAACUUCAACAACAAUAAUUCUUUGAUUCCAUGACAAAUCAGAUCCAAGCGUAGGUUCAAAGUUAUUUUAUAUCUGAUUACCUCCCCUGAUAGUAAUCAAAAUGGAUUUAUAUCAGUAAGUACUUAUAGUACUUAUUUGAAAUUUCAUUAUUGUCAUUAGUAGGACUGAGCCAAUCAGGGUAGAUAACUAUGGACUGAUUUUAUGUCAAAUUACCUCCCUUUAUUUCAAAUUAAAAUGGGUAUAUCUUCGUAACUAAUGAAGAUACUGAUCUGAAAUUUCAUUUAUGUCAACAGAUUUAUUCGGCAGAUCCUCCUUUUCUUCACUUACAAUAUUUUUUUUUAAUUACUUCCCUUUUACGUUACUAUAAAUAGCUUAUUUUUAGUAACUUUUUUAUUAUUGGCCGUAGGGAAAAACCGAGACCACUUUUCUGUGGUACAACAUGGAUGGUACCUCCAAUUUGUAGCUGUAUUUUGACAUAUCUGUACCUUGUAAGAAUUUUUUUUUCUUUUUGGUUAAAUUUCUUCCCUUUGUUGUUAAUGUCCUUUGGACUUAGAUAUUUUUUCUGAGGACCUUCUUGUCCUCAAGUGCAAUGGUAACAGGUGAGCGAUAUAGGGCCAUCAUGGCCCUCUUGUUGAGCUAUGAGCAUCACAAACAAAAAAUCCACUGUUUUGGUUAUUUCACGGGCCAUAACUCUGUAAUAAGAGCUAAGAUUUUCAAGAGGAAUGCCAAGUGUGCAAGUUCACAUCACGAUAAAGACUCCAGCAAGGUUUCCUGAAUUUACAUCUGAUACUUUUUGAGCUAGGCAUAUAAUUAGGUGAAAAAGUGCAUUUUUUUACUAAUUGAGGGGCCAUAACUUUAAAAAUAGGUGGUGGAGCCAGCCAAAAAAUUAGAGGUGUGCAAGUUUAUAUCAUGAUAAAGGCUUAUGCAAGUUUUCAACCAUUUAUAUUAAAUACUUUUUGAGCUAGGUGCAUCACAAGGUGAAAAUGUGUAUUUUUGACUAUUUCAGGGGCCAUAACUCUAAAAAUAGGGGCGGACCCAAAUGAAAAAUAGGAGGUGCGCAAGUUCAUAUCAUGAUUAAGACUCAUGCAAGUUUUUCAUGAAUCUAUAUCAAAUACUUUUUGAGCUAGGCAUGUCACAUGGUGAAAAUGUGCAUUUUUGACUAUUUCAGGGGCCAUAACUCUGAAAAUAGGGGGCCGACCCAAAUGAAAAAUAGGAGGUGCGCAAGUUCAUAUCAUGAUUAAGACUCAUGCAAGGUUUCAUGAAUCUAUAUCAAACACUUUUUGAGCUAGGCGUGUCACAAGGUGAAAAUGUGCAUUUUUGACUAUUUCAGGGGCCAUAACUCUAAAAAUAGGGGGCGGAGCCAGACGAAAAAUAGUAAGUGCGCAAGUUCAUAUCAUGAUAAACACUCGUGCAAGGUUUCAUCAAUUUGUAUCAAAUACUUUUCGAGCUAGGCGCGUUACGAAUUUCGGCCGGACGGACGGAAGGACGGACGGACGAAUGCACGGACGGACGGACGGACGCACGCACGGACAAGACCAAAUCUAUAUGCCCCCACCUCUCAUGGGGGGGCACAAAAAUGUCUUGGUCGUAGAUCAGUAUUAGAAGUCUAUAUCGACUUUUGAUAUUGUUCAGACAUUAGAUCAACAGUCAUUGCAGUUCCAGGUCUAUAAUCAUAGAUCAGCAUUCAAAAAGUCUAGGUCGUAGAUCAGCAUUCAAGAAAGUGCAGGUUGCAGAUCAACAUUCAAACAUGUUAUGGCCAUAGAUCGACAUUUCGAAAAAAGUCCAAGAAGUAGAUUGAUAUUCAAAAUAGUUCACGUCGUAGAUCGAUAUUCGAAAAAUGUCAGGCCGUAGGUCGACAUUCGAAAAGACCCAGGUCGUAGAUAUACAUUUGAAAACGUCAAGGUCGUAAAUCGACAUUCGAAAAUGUCUAGGUCUUAGAUUGACAUUCGAAAAUGUGCUGCUUGUCGAUCAACUUCGAAAAAGUCCAUAUCGUAGAGCGACUUUCAAAAAUGUUUAGAUCGUAUGUCAACAUUAAAAAAUGUCCAGGUCGUAGAUCAACAGUCAAUUUAAUCAAGGUCGUAGAUCAAAUUUCAAAAUGCUUAGCUCUUAGACUGACAUUCGAAGAUUUGAAGGUUGUCAAUCAACUUCGAAAAAGUCCACGUCGUAGAUCGACAUUUUAAAAUGUCCAGAUCGUACAUCAACAUUCAAAAAUGUCCGGGUCAUAGAUCAGCAAUCACAAAUGUCUAAGUCGUAGAUCAACAUUCGAAGAUGUGAAGGUUGUCGAUCAACAUCGAAAAUGUCGACGUCGUAGAUAGACAUUCAAAAAUGUCCAGGUCGAACAUCAACAUUAAAAAAUGUUCAUGUGGUAGAUCAACAGUCAAUUUAGCGCAGGUCGUAGAUCGACAUUCAAAAUGUCUAGGUCUUAGAUCGACAUUCAAACGAAGAUUUGCAAGUUAUCGAUCAACAUCGAAAAAGUCCAUGUCGUAGAUUGACGUUAAAAAAUGUUCAGGUCGUAAAUGGACAUUCGAAAAUGUCUAGGUCGUAGAUGGACAUUCGAAAAUGUCUAGGUCGUAGAUCAACAUUCGAAAAUUCCAGGUCGUAGAUCGACAUUCAAUGUAGACCAGGCUACGUCUUAGAUCAAUAAUAAUCCAGGUCGUGGAUCCACGCUCGACAUUGUUCAGCUCGGAGAUCAACUUUCAAUGUAGACCCGGGUCUGCAAUCAUGGAUCAACAUUUAGGUCUUAGAGCGACGUUCGAAAAAUCCAGAUCGUUGAUCUACAUUCGAAAUUGUUCAGGUCGUAGGUCAAUCGUAAGUUAACAUUCAAUGUAGACCCAGGUCUACAAUCGGAGAUUAACAAAUCGGCAAAGUUCAGGUCGUAAAUCAGCAUUCGAAAUUGUUCAGCUCGGUGAUCAAUAUUCGAAAAAGUCCAGGUCGCAGAUAAACAUUCAGUUUUUACACGUUCAGAAUUGGAAUGCUAAUAAAAAUAUCCAGGUCGUAGAUCAAUCUGAUUAAAAUCAUCUCCUGUUAACGCUGUGCAUUUAGAAAGAUCGAGUAUUUUAGUAGAUCGGAAUUCAUUGAAGAUCAGAUCCGCAGUAUUACAGUUGUUCAAGUUUACGUUUGUAUAUUUGUUUGUUUGAAACCUUAUAUAUAGUCGCCACCGGUAAACCCACGUGGACGACUCCAAAAGAAGACGCUCCAUUUCCAGAAGCUUCUGUAGUUUUUGUCGUGCUAGAUGUAAAGCACCCGUCCCAAUGUUAGUAAAUGAUUUGUUGGAGGAGCAUGGAUCUCGACCUCACUACUACAUGUUUCGCAGCCAGAAAGUGUGCUGCUGCAUCUGGUCUGCGUAUAAUUUGAUAAAGGUCUUCUAUACAGAUUUUAUUAAUAAUUUUCUGUAGAGUAUAGCAAACAUUUUUUCUUUAGUUUCAAAUUUUAUUUGCUAUUCAAAAUAAUGCCAUUUAAAAUAAAUCAAUUUUAAAUAUAGCUUUUAACAUAUUAUUCAAUAUUAUAUGUUGCUUAUAUAUAAUGCCAUUUGAAAAUAAAUCAAUUUCAAAUAUAGCUUUUAAUUAUAUAAUUAAAUAUUAUAAUUAUGUUGCUUCCCUUAAACAAAAGGAAACGUUUCGGUAACUGGACGCCUAGACUCUCCUCAAAGGUUUUUCCGGAUGUGAAUGUGACAUAUCUCAUCUUUCUGUAUCUACCCAUUCCCCAGUUACAAGACCUAGCCGAGUUGGCGUAAUUCGACAGGACGGGGCAUUGGAGCGACCCCCACUGCCAGCGAACCCGUCGUCUGUACGUCACAAGAUUUUCACUUGUCAGGAAUAUUCAUAACAUACGAGCUCCUUAUCUGAUACAAGCCCAGAUUCUGCUACAGAAAUUUCAUUUUCCAAUUCCUUAAGUCCACUUCACAUUGAUUAAAAGGUUUUCGGAUAUUUAUUUCAAAAAACAGAUUGAGCGAGCGAGGGAAAUUUUUGUUUUAUUUUGUAUGCCCCCGUGCACAAAGCGAUUAAACUGUCCGUUCGUUUGUCCGAUAUUUGACCGUUUUGCCUACAACCCACAUUAAUGAGCCGAUUUAGUUCAUUCCUUGCGGCAAGACCUACAAACUGACUUAUAUAUAAAUGACCUUGAUCCUUGUAUGACCUUCACUUUCAAACUUAAAACAUUAAUAAACAAUAUUUUUGUCCUACAGCCCACGCUAAAUUCAUACUCACACUCAACAAUUCUUGUGGCAAGACCUACAAACUGACCUAUAUAUAAAGGACCUUGAUCCUCGUAUGACCUUCACCUUCAAACUUAAAACAUUAAUAAACAAUUUUUUUGGGCUGAAAACAUUAAUAAACAAUAUUUUUUGUCCUACAGCCCACGCUAAGUUCAUACUCACACUCAACAAUUCUUGUGGCAAGACCUACAAACUGACUUAUAUAUAAAUGACCUUGAUCCUCGUAUGACCUUCACCUUCAAACUUAAAACAUUAAUAAACAAUAUUUUUGUCCUACAGCCCACGUUUAGUUCAUACUCACACCAAACAAAUCUUGUGGCAAGACCUACAAACUGACCUAUGUAUAAACGAUCUUGACCAUAUAUGAUAUUCACCUCCAACAUUAAAACCUUAAUAAACAACAUUUUAACACCUACAACCCAUAUUAAUGACCCGAUUUAGUUCAUACUCCCACUCAACUAUCCUUGUGACUAGACCUACAAACUGACUUAUAUGUAAAUGACCUUACCUCAUACGACCUUCACAGUCAACAUUAAAACUUUAAUAAACAUUUUUGUUAACGACACAGUUUAGUUCAUACUCACUCUCAACUAUCCUUGUGGCGAGACCUGUAAACUGAACGAUAUAUAAAUAAACCUUGACACUCAUAUGACCUUCACCUUCACCUUCAAACUUAAAAUCUUAAGAAACAUUAAGUUUGGUCAUACAGUCCAAAUAAAUAAUCACGUUUAGUUCAUACUCACACUCGGCAAUCCUUGUGGCAGGACCUGCAAACUGACCUAUAUAUAAAUGACAUUGACCCUGAUUUGACCUUCACCAUCAAACUUAAAACCUUAGUAAACAAUAUUGUUGUCCUGCAACCCACAUAAAAAAAAACCAGUUUAGUUCAUACUCACACUCAACAAACCUUGUGGAAAGACUUACACACAGACCUAUACAUAAAUGACCUUGACCUCAUAUGAUCUUCGACUUCGAACGUAAUACCUUAAUAAACGUCACUUUAGCGCCUGCAACCCACAUAAAUAAUCCGAUUAGUCAAGGCCUAUAAUUGAGCUCUUAUUGAUUGUAUAUAUAGGUGUAAUUAUUCUUCCUUACAAAAUAUUUUCAAUAGGAUUUUGUUACUGACUUUGUUAUUAAUUAGGAUAUCUUGAGUUUUAGAGUUAACUGCUUCAAAAUCUGAUUCUAUUAAUUUUUGAAAAAUGGAAAUAGUCCAAACCCAAGUAGAAGGCCAUUUUUGUAACAGGUUGGCUUGUUUUAAGGACUGUGUUUAAAUUCCAUUUACUGAUCAUUUUGCUGUAUCUAAUCAGCAGCACAAUGUGAGAGUGGAUUUUUUAUGCCCCCGAUGGCGGGCAUAUUAAAAUCGCACUGUCCGUCCGUCCGUGUGUAUGUAUGUGCGUGCGUGCAUCCGUCCGUCCGUGUAAAUUCUUGUCCGGGCUGUAACUCUGCCAUCCAUAAAGGGAUUUUGAAAUAACUUGGCAUAAAUGUUCACCAUAAUGAGACGACAUGUCGUGCGCAAGAUCCAGACCCCUAGCUCCAAGAUCAAGGUCACACUUAGCAGGUUAACAGGGUCUGUUUCGUGUCCGGUCCAUAACUCUGCCAUCCACAAAGGGAUUUUGAAAUAACUUGGCAUAAAUGUUUACCAUAAUGGGACGACGUGUCGUGCGCAAGACCCAGACCCCUAGCUCCAAGAUCAAGGUCACACUUAGAAGUCAAAGGUUAACAGGGUCUGUUUCGUGUCCGGUCCAUAACUCUGCCAUUGAUGAAGAGAUUUUGAAAUUACUUGGCAUAAAUGUUCCCCACAAUGAGACGACGUGUCAUGCGCAAGAUCCAGACCCCUAGCUCUAAGGUCAAGGUCACACAUAGAGGUUUAAGGUUAACAUGGUCUGUUUCUUGUCCGGUCCAUAACUCUGCCAUUGAUGAAGGAAUUUUAAAAUUACUUGGCAUAAAUGUUCCCUAUAUUGAGAUGACGUGUCAUGCGCAAGACAUAUACCCCUAGCUCCAUGGCCAAUGGUGUUUCUUGUCUGGUCAAUAACUCUGCCGUUUAUCAAGGGAUUUGAAAAUAAUUUGACACAAAUGUUAACCAUAUUGAGAAGGUGUGUCAAGCUUAUGACCCGGGUCGUAAUUUGACACAAAUGUUAACCCGAUUGAGAAGGUGUGUCACGCUUAUGACCCGGGUCCCUUAGGUCAAGAUCAAGGUCACGAAAUGAUGUGCGUUUUUGUGCAGACAACUGUAGCAUUCUUGGGCAUGCCUCGGGGGCAUUUGUCACCAAUAGUGACAGCUCUUGUUCUCUCAAAGAUAAAAUUUUAAAGGAGGAUAAGUCCUUAUAUUGCUUAUUUGUCAUUGAGAUCUUGUCUAUUUAUUAUCGUUAUCUCUGUUGUUUUAGUAUAUUCUCUGACCUUUUGCUUGUCAUUUUCGCCAUUGUGUAAUUUCAAUGUCCUCAUUUGUAUUAAAGAAUUUUUCAUGUCUUGUAACUCUUUUUAAUUUCGGAGAAUAUACAAGAACAAAACAAAAGCGGUCUACUGUAAAUGUAUUUAUCUUGUUUGGCAUGAAACUUCAUGGUUUUGGCCAGAACGGCUUUUUAUGGGUAUAUGAAUUCGUAGAUUCCAAAUUUUGACAAUACAAUGAAUGGAAAAUCUACUUGUUCGUCGGGAUUUAAUUUCGUUGAUUGAUCCAACCACGAAGUCACCGAAAAUUAGUGCCCCGCAAGUAUUUAUGAUUUCGCUGUUUUUAGAAGUUUUGCUGAGAAUUCGGAAAUAAGAACAUUGCAAAGUCAUUUUUCUGCUUUUAACUUUUUUGCGCCUUCUAUGCUUCCGGCAAAAUAAUAAGCAACAUUACGUGUGAUGUAAUAUGUUAAAGGGGGUAAUAUCUUUAAUAUAAUAUUUGAUAUUAUGUAAAACUUCAUUUAACUCCCUGAGGCCGAUAUCGUAACAUACCUGCUGCGGUGGGAUAAGAAUUACCACCUGACGUCGAAAACAUUAUCUAACCUUAUCAUAAUCACACUCGCAUACAGUCAGUUGAAAUCAUGCAGGGAAACAUGAUUAACUUGGGUGUAAACUGAAAUAUACAUUGAAAUUUUCACUUCGAAAUAUUCAUAAUUUUAACACACCUACUGCGUUUAAUAGAUAUUUGAACAUUAAAUUCCCAUAAAUAGAAAUGCAUCAUUAACACUGAAUAUUUACAUCAGCAUUACAUAAAUUUACACCCGUUUUUGUGUGAAUAUCAGUGGUUUAUUUUGAUGUAUAACCUAUUUCUAAACAUGUACACAAAUGUUGUGUGUCACGCGCUUAGACAGUUAAGUUGUAAUAUUUACAUCCAUCUUUGAAUAAUUAUUAAAGUUACAAACAUGCGUUUAUUUACAUAUACUUUUUUUAUUUUAUGAAACAUGCUUUGUUGUGUUAUUUUUUAUCCAUUUGUAUCGUAUGUAAUGUAAGUGUACCAAUAUUUCAGCCUUCUAAAACUUAACAUUUUCCGACCAUUCAUUUAUCUGAUAAUGGAAUCGCAUCGUCGGAAUCAUCAUCCGACGGAACUGAUAUUUCAGAAUCAGCAUGAUAAUGAAUAAAUAUUUUCAUCAUUUUAAGAAAGAUCUCUGGCCGACGACAUUAUUUUACUCUUUUGAAAUCCAGUAUGAACGAAACACAGCGGAAAUCGUCUUUUUAUUUCAUUUACAUUACCGCAUAGUUACAGACAUUUAUUUUAACAAGGGAACUAAUUAUUAGCACAACUAGUAAUUAUUACAUCAAAGAAAUAAUAGCCAGUAUGCAAAGAAAUUUUGCUUUUGUCAAGAUUAUCAAAAAUUAACAAGUACUUAUCGCAAUCAUCAUGAUCUCGGUGCCGCGACUAUACUUGUCAAUCGCCGUCCUGGGGAGUCCUGAUAACGCGCGUAUAGUCUACAGGGGCAGAAAAUAUAACGCCUAUAGUCGCAUUUCGGCCCCAGGGAGUUAAUAUUGAUUUAUUUCCAAAAAAUAAUAAUCAUAUCUAUAUAUAUGACACUGUAUAUGAAAUUAUACAAACUCACGCUUGUUCAACAGCCAGGUCUAUAAUGAAUUUCGAUCUACGACCCGUUGAUUUACAAUUGAAGAUCCAGGUCUACCUUUAAUGCUGAUCUUUGGACUGAACCAUUUCGAAUGUUGAUCCACGACCUGGCCUUUUUCGAAUGUCGAUCUGGAACCUAGAUAUUUUUGCAUGUUGAUCUACGAUUGCAGACCCGCAUCGUCAUUGAAUAUUGAUCUCCAAGCUAUAUCGAUCUACGACCUAGACUAUUUUGAAUGUUGAUCCGCGAUUGCAGACUCGAUUCUUCUUUAAAUAUUGAUCUACGACCUGAACUAUUUUGAAUGUUGAUCUACAACCCAGACCUUUUUAAUGUUGAUCUGUUAGCUGGACAAUAUUUCGAAGGUCGAUCUACAACCUUGAUUUUGAUGAUCUAUAAUAAUUAUUGUAGACCUCUGUCUUUUUUGAAUGUCGAUCUAUGAGCUGAACUUCGAAUGUCGACCUUCAACAUGUACAUUCUCGAUUUUCGGUCUUCGGCCUAAGCUUUUUUUGAGUGUUGAUCUACGUCCUUAACGUUUUCUACGACGUGAAAUUUUUUUGAAUGUCGAUGAUCGACCUUUACAUUUUCUAAUGUCGACCUACGACAAAGAAUAUUUUUUCAUGUUGAUAAUUGCAGAACUGGUUCUGCAUUGAAUGUUGAUCUAUGAGCUGAACUUCGAAUGUCGAUCUUCAACUUGGGCACUCUCGAAUGUCGGUCUACGCUCUAAAGUUUUUUGAAUGUUGACCUACGUCCUGGACGUUUUCGAAUGUCGACCUAUGACGUGAUAUUUUUAAUGUCGACCUACGACCUAGACAUAUCGGAAUGUUGAUUUACGACCUUGACUUUUUCAAUAGUCGAUCUACGACCUUGACUUUUUCGAAUGUUGAUUUACGAGCUAGACAUUGUUGAAUGUUGAUCUCGGUCUGCAGUGAAUGUUGAUCCAAGACCUGCACAAUUUCGAAUGUCGAACUACCAUGGCUCGUCUCGAAUGCUGAUCGAUGACCUUAACUUUUUUUAAUGUUGGUCUGCGACUGAAGACCUGUGUCUGCAUUGAAUAUCGAUCUGUGGCAUGAAUAGUUUUUGAAUGUUGAAUGUUGAUCUACGUCAUGGACGUUUUCGAAUGUCGAUAUACGACGUGAUUUUUUUUUGGAAUAUCGAGUCUUGACCCAAGUUGAUUUUUUUUUAAAUGUCGAUCUACAUCCUAGACAUUUUUUAAUGUUGAUCUACGUCCUUUACUUUUGCGAAGAAUGACGAUCUAUCACCAGGGUUUUUCGUAUGUUGAUCUACGAUUGCAGACCUCGGCCUGCAGUGAAUAUUGAUCUAAGACCUGAACAAUUUCGAAUGUUGCACUACUACUUGGACUUUAUCGAAUGCAGAUCUACGACCUAAACUCUUUUUUAAUGUUUUGUCUGCUGUUGUAGACCUUAGUCUACAUUGAAUAUCGAUCUGUGAUCUGAAAAACUUUUGAAAAUUGAAUGUCGCUCUACGGCCUGGCUAUUUUGGAUGUUGACUUAUGAUUGCAGGCCCGGAUCUAUAUUGAAUGUCGAUCUACGAUUACAGACCUUGGUCUACAUUGAAUGUCGAUCGUUUCAGAACCGGAACUACAUUGAAUUUCGAUCUAGGACAUGAAGAAUUUUGAAUGUAUAUACGAUUGCAGUUUCGGGUCUAAAUUAAAUGUCGGUCUACGAUGCAGACAUGGGUCUACAUUGAAUGUCGAUAUAUGACGUGAAGAAUUUUGAACGUUGAUCUACGUCUGCAGUCCUGGUCUACAUUUAAUGUCGGUCUAUUAUUGUAAACCUGGGUGUACACUGAAUGCUUGUCUACGACCUGAACAAUUUUGAAGUUAAAAUUCGAUCUGUGAUUUUCGAUGUCAUAGCUGACUUAAAACAACUGCCGAGAAAUAGCAGUCAUGUUUCAAGUCAUACGAUAAAUAGAGAAGCUGACAAUUAUACAAGGAUGUGCUGAACUUAAGUGUUUUAAAACUUGUGAAUGUACAUGUGCAAUGCUUUAAACUUCAAAUAAAAUAUAUUUUUAAUCAUU